CCCUGGUUCUAACUGGUCCCUGGUUCUGACUGGUUCCUGGUUCUAACUGGUUCCUGGCUCUAACUAGUUCUGACUGGUUCCUGGUUCUGACUGGUUCUGGGCUGUAAUGGAGAAGCAGGCUCUGCCGGCCUCCUCGUGCUCCGUGGUUCUCCUGGAGGAGACCAGGAAGGGCCCCCACCCCCUCUCGAAUGGCGGCAGUUACCCCCCCGUGGCCUCUAAUGGCGGCCUCGGCCCACUGACGGUGGGAACCGGGUCCAGUGGCGGCGUGGUGAGCGGAGCUUGUGCUGGACCGGACAAGAAGGGGGUCGUGGUCACGGGGGCGGGGCCAGGAUAUCCUGAACGGGAGACCUGGACCCGGCAGAUGGACUUCAUCAUGUCCUGCGUGGGCUUCGCCGUCGGACUUGGAAACGUGUGGAGGUUCCCGUACCUGUGCUACAAGAACGGAGGAGGUGUCUUCCUGAUCCCGUACCUGCUGAUCGUGUUCGUUGGAGGAAUCCCCAUCUUCUUCCUGGAGAUCGCGCUGGGUCAGUUCAUGAAGGCCGGCAGCAUCAACGUCUGGAACAUCGCUCCCCUCUUCAAAGGUCUCGGCUACGCCUCCAUGGUGAUCGUGUUCUUCUGUAACACCUAUUACAUCAUGGUGCUGGCCUGGGGCUUCUACUACCUGAUCAAGUCCUUUAGCUCCACCCUCCCGUGGUCCUCCUGCAACAACGAAUGGAACACGCCCAGCUGCAUCGAGAGCUUCCACCACCAGGACUGUAGCAACGCCAGCGCGGCCAACGCCACCGUCAGCGGCGUCAACAUGACCUGCUCAGAGCUGGCCAACGCCCAGUCGCCCAUCAUCGAGUUCUGGGAGAACAAGGUGCUGAACAUCUCGUCCGGCCUGGAGGAAACUGGACAGAUAAACUGGGAGCUCAUGUUGUGUCUGAUGGCCGUCUGGGUUCUGGUUUACUUCUGCGUCUGGAAGGGAGUUAAAUCCACGGGGAAGAUUGUGUACUUCACGGCCACCUUCCCCUACGUGGUCCUCAUCAUCCUGCUGGUCCGAGGAGUCACUCUCCCUGGAGCCUACGACGGCAUCAUGUACUACAUCAAACCGGACUGGUCCAAACUGCAGGAGGCUCAGGUCUGGAUCGACGCCGGCACACAGAUCUUCUUCUCCUACGCUAUCGGCCUCGGCGCUCUGACGGCUCUGGGCAGCUACAACCGCUUCAACAACGACUGCUACAAAGACGCCUUCGUCCUGGCUCUCAUCAACAGUGGAACCAGCUUCUUCGCCGGCUUCGUGGUGUUUUCCAUCCUGGGCUUCAUGGCAGCGGAGCAGGGAGUCGACAUCUCACAAGUCGCUGAAUCAGGUCCUGGUCUGGCCUUCAUCGCGUACCCGAAGGCGGUGAGUCUGAUGCCGGUGGCUCCGGUCUGGGCGGCGCUCUUCUUCUUCAUGCUGCUGCUGCUCGGUCUCGACAGUCAGUUUGUCGGGGUGGAGGGUUUCGUGACUGGAAUCCUGGAUCUGUUUCCUGGGAAGUACUACCACCGCUACAGAAGGGAGAUCUCUGUGGCGAUCUGCUGUCUACUCUGCUUCAUCAUUGACAUCUCCAUGGUGACACAGGGGGGGAUGUACGUCUUCCAGCUGUUUGACUACUACUCAGCCAGUGGAAUGACUCUGUUGUGGCAAGCGUUCUGGGAAUGUAUCGUAGUGUCCUGGGUCUACGGUGCGGACCGGUUCAUGGAUGACGUAGCCCGGAUGAUCGGGUACCGGCCGUUCCCCUGGAUGAAGUGGUGCUGGUCCUUCAUAACGCCGUGUGUCUGCAUGGGCAUCUUCCUCUUCCACCUGGUCAACUACAAGCCUCUGACCUACAACAACGAGUACGUGUACCCGUGGUGGGGGGAGGUGAUCGGAUGGUGCCUGGCUCUGUCCUCCAUGCUCUGCAUUCCUGUCAGCGUCCUCUACAAACUCUUCAGAGCCAAGGGAACCUUCAGAGAGCGCUGGGCCCACCUGACCACGCCGGUGUGGGGGGCCCAUCAUCUGGAGUACAUGGCCCCCGACGUCAAGUCCCUGAGUUCACUGUCACCAGGCACCGACGACAACAAGGUCAUCAUCUUCGAGAGCGUCAUGUAGGCCGGACACAUCUCCCCCUCCACCCCGUCCUCCUCCACCCUACACAACAGCCCCCGUCUCCAACCUCCAACCUCCAACCUCCCUCCAGGACGAGUUCCUCCAGGUUUAAUAGAAUCAGGAUACGACCUGAACGGGGGGAGGAGGACGGCUCAGACGCUGCCAUCACUUUACGAACUCUCCCAGUGUGAACGGUUCCUAACAGACAGAGUUGUAGACACAAAGCUCCCGUUACCGAGCAGCCGGUGGGCCCUGAACGCACCACCGCACCCCCUGGUUCUGAGCCACCAGCUGGACCCAGGACAGACGGGACGGCCCUGAACGCACCACCACACCUCCUGGUUCUGAGCCACCAGCUGGACCCAGGACAGACGGGACGGCCCUGAACGCACCACCACACCUCCUGGUUCUGAGCCACCAGCUGGACCCGGGACGGACGGGACAGUCCCGACGACCCACAAUAAAUUCUAAAUGAAUGAAUCAUUUCAUCAGUCACUCUGCACCUUUUAACAGCUUCAUCUGACUGAUUAACUAAUUAAUUUAUUAACCAAUUAACUGAUUGACUGAUCUGAGAACACAAACAUAAAUUGGGACUGAAACCAAACGGGAUCCGACCUUUGACCCCCUCCUGUCCUUCAUGUGACCUCCUGACCUCCUGGUUCUGUGUCCUGGAUCGACUCACGUGCCAAACGGAUGGAGGGACCAGGACUCCAGAGCGCCGGCCGUCCUCCCUCCAAACAUCACGUCCUCCUCCUGGACCGUCGCCCUUCUGCUAUAGAACCGGGAGAAGACGGUUUGAAAGACGCUGCCGCCUUUCUGAACGUUUCCAAGAACCCAGACGGUCCGUUCAGCUCAACUUCUUAGUGCCAAUAACAUGUUAGAAGGCGACUCAUCGGUCCCCCUGGUGGACGGAUGAGAGCCGGAGGACUCAGCGCUGCCUUACGUCCUAAUGUCUUAACUCUAGAACCCGACCGGCCGAACCCGGAGCCCUGACCCCGUCCUGUGUACGGCUCCACUUCCUGUCCCACCAAUCAGCAGUCUGAGGGGGCGUGUCUACGACUCUGUCUCCUAGCAACCACUCUCCAUCUGUUAGAAUGUAAGAGAAACUAAACGUACACACAUUUGCACAUUGUUGUAAGAUAGUGUUGAAUAAUCACGUUUUGUUUUACAUAUUGUAAAAUGAAUCCGAGAUAUUUUCUGAAGGAUUUUAUUUUGUUGAUAACAUAUGACAGAUACACAUAUGCAGAUAAAUAAAUAUACAUGUGUAUUAUAUAUAUUA